GGCUGAAAAUAGUCUCCAUUUUCUUUUUGCUCUUUUCUGGGUAAUAUCAUAUGAAAACAUUUGAGGAGAUGGAAGCUGAAGAUGGCUAUAUGAAGCUGAAUUGCAAGAAUCAUUUCAAAUCCAGGCAGAAAUCUAAAGAUUUCUCCUUGUAUACACAGUAUUAUUGUAUUAUGCAAGUAUUCGGAUGCAUUGGGAUUCUUAUUUUCAUGCUGACAGUGAUUGACCUGAACUUUUGGGAUAAAAAAAUGGAUUUCUCACAGAAUGUAAAUAUCAGCAGUCAAGCAGGAAGUAAGUGUAUGUGCCCAAAUGACUGGCUAUUGAACCAAGGGAAGUGUUACAAGUUUUCAACUUCUUCUAAAACUUGGAAUGAGAGUCAGCGUGAUUGCACAAAACUCCAGGCACAUUUGCCAGUGAUUAACAAUUCUAAGGAGCUGGAAUUCAUACAGAAGAGUUUAAAACCUGGAUGUCCUGGUUGGAUUGGAUUAUAUAUUAUAUCCCCAGAAAAACAAUGGCAGUGGAUAAAUGAACAUGCUUUUGUGGAACAAAACAUUUUUUCAGUAAUUGGACCAACUAAUAUCAUGAGCUGUGCUGUCACAACAGGAAAUCAAGUGUAUUCUGAAGACUGUCGCUCCAAAUUUAAUGGCAUUUGUCAGAGAGAUGUUGUCUGAACAAGGAAAGCAAAUCUGCAUUUAAAUAAAGAAGUGGAAGAAAUGUGUAUGGAUGUUAACAAUGCAUAUCUAUUUUUUUAGAGGAAUACAAAUUUGUUUCUUUUUUAUUCAAAUAUAAAAAUUUCAGAUAUUCUAUACAGAAAUAAGACUUCAAAAUGAGAAGAUAUAGUAAUUUAUUUUUAAACAAGAAAACAUAACUUCCUAUUUUUUUAAUGUCUGAAAAAUAAUUAUAUUUAAUCUUCUAAGCCUGCCUAUUCUCUAUGUGUGUCCUAUUACUUGGAUUCUAACUCCUGAGCAUUUGGUGGAGUAAUAGGCCAGGCAUGUAGAUAUAGAUAUGCCAUUUUUUCCUUCGUGGUGGGCCUUUACACCAAGUUGUUCUCAAUUUUUAUCAAAAAGAAAUCAAACUUUCAACUAUAAUAACAUAUUCAGGUAUUGUAAGCAUAGGAUGUCUAUUUGAAGUAAUAUAUAAUCUUGUUUUUAAUGUAAUUCCACAAUUUAUU